AUUACCUCUACCAUGAAGUUCCUUCCACAAACACGAAAUCCCUCUGCCCAUAAGGACGUGUCGUUGCAGGUUGAUAUAAUCGUCUUUGGAAACCUCCGGCUGCUUCAGUGAAAUGCUAUUAAGCUCUCUUAGAACUGUACUACGUCAAGUUACAGUAAAUCUCCAACUCUUCCCAUUUCUGGCAUACUGGAAGUCUAAUCAGCUGAUAUUACCCAUGGCACUGACAAUGGUGUACCUAUAUUAUCUGUGGUGCGAUUCUGGAAGGAAGUCUGACUGUUCAGAGGAGGAAAUUGCAGCCCUGAAGAAGGAGAACAAAAAAUUAAAGGACUUUGUUAUAAAGUUGAUGAAGGAAGAAGAAGAACUUAUAAGGAAAAGGAAAGAGCAAUGUAAUGAAAUAAUGCACAUAAGACAGAAUCAUUUGAUGGAGGAAGAAGAUAUAUUGAGUGGAAGGGAAAAGGAAUCGAAACAGGUAGAUCCUCCUGUGAAACAUUUGAAGCAGGCAGAAUGGGUGGCAGAUCCUCCUCAAUGGGCACGUAAGUCUCCUGCUAAACCCUUGACGCAGGCAGAAUUGGCGGAGGAAGAGGAAAAAAUACUGAGGAGAAGGGAAAAGGAAUGGAAGCAGGCAGAUCCUCCUCAAUGGGCACGUAAGUCUCCUGCUAAACCCUUGACGCAGGCAGAACUAUUGGCGGAAGAGGAAGAAAUACUGAGGAGAAGGGAGAAGGAAUCAAAGCACACAAAUCCUCCCCAAUGGGCAUGUAAGCCACCAGUGAAAUGCUUAACGCAAGGAGAACUGGUGGAGGAAGAGGAAAAAAAAUUGAGGAGAAGGGAAAAGGAAUGGACAAAGGCAGAUCCUCCUCAACAGGCACACAAACCAUCAGCAAAGCGGUUGACGCAGGCAGAACUGGUGGCGGAAGAGGAGGAAAUAUUGAGGAGAAGGGAAAAGGAAUCGACACAGGCAGAUCCUCCUCAAUGGGUCCACAAACCAUCAGUAAAGCGGUUGACGCAGGCAGAACUGGUGGAGGAAGAGGAAAAAAUACUGAGGAGAAGGGAAAAGGAAUGGAAGCAAGCAGAUCCUCCUCAAUGGGCACGUAAGCCACCAGUGAAAUGCUUGACGCAGGCAGAACUGGUGGAGGAAGAAGAGAAAAUACUGAGAAGAAGGGAAAAGGAAUGGAAGCAGGCAGAUCCUCCUCAAUGGGCACAUAAGCCACCAGCAAAACAUUUGACGCAGGCAGAACUGAUGAAGGAAGAGGAGGAAAUAUUGACGAGAAGGGAAAAGGAAUCGAAGCAGGCAUUUAAACUUUCCGCACCCUAGUUGUCAGGUACUUUUAUUUAAUUUGAAGUCAUGGAGUGAAAUGAUGCAGAAGGGAAGAGGAAAAAUAUUGAGAAGGGAAAAGGAAUGGAAGCACGCAAGUCCUCCUAAAUGGGCAUGUAAGCCACCAACCAGACGCUUGAUGCAGGCAGAAUUGGUGAAGGAAGAGGAGUAAAUAUUGACGAGAAGGGAAAAGGGGCUAUUGUUCAGUCCCAAAAAAUAUUUUUGGUGUCAUCGGACACCGUGAAUGAUUGUUUGAACUCGCUUCAUUAGAAUCGUCAAAUUAAACGUGCUUAUUAAUGUAAAGUAAAGUUGAAAAGGAAAGUUGUAAAUAUAAUAAAAACAAGUUUUAGUUUGUCAAAUGAAGUCGUGAUAAAGUGGUUUCAAAUGGCUAAGAAAAAUAUUGUUAGAUCGCACAUCGAUAGAUUUUUUUCUUUCUUAUUUUAAGAUUCCCCCCCCCCC